CCACCGUUCCUGGCAUUCUUCCCGAGCCACUUUCUGUUCCGCCGCCGCCGCCGACGACGCUGCCGCGUUCGCUUUUGCAAGGGCCGCCGGCCAUGGCUGUGACAUUGAGGGUCGAUCAGGUCGUGCAGUUGCUCAAGGCGCUGCGGCUAGCUUCGUGUCGCUGUCCUGCCCAUUCCCAUGCGUACACUGCAACAGCAGAAGCAAGCAAGAGGCAGACAGAUUAUGCCUUUGAGAUGGCAUGCUCCAACAUUCGUUAUGGAGAAGGAGUGACGCAAGAGAUUGGCAUGGAUUUGCAGAACAUUGGAGCACGCAAUGUGUGUGUGAUGACGGAUAAAAACCUGUCACGGCUACCUCCAGUGAGGGCAGUGCUCGAUUCCCUCGUGAGCAGCAAAAUCAACUUCAAGCUUUACGACGAUGUGCGUGUGGAGCCAACAGACACCAGCUUCAAGAAUGCCAUCGCAUUUGCACGCAGUGGUGGGUUCGAUGCUUACGUGGCUGUUGGUGGGGGCUCUGUCAUGGACACGUGCAAAGCCUCAAACCUGUACAGCGCCAGCCCUGAUGCCGAUUUCCUAGACUUUGUGAACGCCCCCAUUGGAAAGGGCAUGCCCGUCACCGCCACACUCAAACCUCUCAUUGCCGUGCCUACAACAGCUGGCACCGGCAGCGAGACCACAGGAGUGGCUAUUUUUGACUAUGAGCCACUGAAGGCUAAAACAGGCAUUGCUAGCAGAGCCAUGAAACCAACGCUGGGGCUGGUGGACCCACUGCACACACUGCACAUGCCGAGGCGCGUUUGUGCCAACAGUGGAUUUGACGUUCUCUGCCAUGCGCUGGAGUCGUACACGGCUCUCCCCUACCACCAGCGCUCGCCCUGCCCUUCCAAUCCAAUCAACCGGCCCGCUUACCAAGGCAGUAACCCCAUCAGUGACGUGUGGUCAAUUCACGCCCUGAAAAUCGUGGCCAAAUACAUGAAGAGGGCAGUGAGGCAGCAGGAUGACCUGGAGGCACGCUCCAGCAUGCACCUCGCCAGUGUGUUUGCAGGGAUCGGCUUUGGGAAUGCCGGCGUCCAUCUCUGUCACGGGAUGUCGUACCCCAUAGCUGGAAUGGUAAAAAAUUACAGAGCAAAGGACUACAAUGUGGAUCACCCAAUUUUGCCUCACGGUCUUUCGGUGGUGCUGACCUCUCCUGCUGUCUUCACGUUCACCGCCGCCAUGUGCCCAGAGCGACAUCUCGAGGCAGCUGCAAUCCUUGGGGCGGACGUGAGCCAAGCUAAGCGAGCUGACGCGGGGUCCAUUCUCGCCGACACUCUGCGAGCGCUUUUGUUUGACCUCAACGUCGAGGAUGGCUUGAGCGCUGUGGGGUACUCGUCCCAGGACAUCCCCGCACUCGUCAAGGGCACACUGCCCCAGGAACGAGUCACCAAGUUGUCUCCAAGGCCCCAAAACGAAGAGGACCUGGCAGCGUUGUUUGAAGCAUCAAUGAGGAUUUACUGAGGAAGGAAACUCCGACCAAAAUAAUGCUCUUGCACAGCAUAGGAUAUAUCUCACACUUUAUAAAAAUAUAUAUACUGUAUAUUUCAAAACUAAUUGUAAAAGCCACACAUUUUCGGUGCCCGAAAUGCAUGCUUUAUGCAAUAUUUUGUGCAGGUACUGUGUGGAGAGAAAUGAUUGGUAAGAAGUCGCAGCACGUUCUAAUUUCAUUUGGAAGGGAUUUUGGAAUGAUUCCGCCCCCCCCCCUCGUGAUUUUCAGAUGAUAUCCAGUCAAUGAGACAUUCUUACAUGGCGCAUAAAAGUGUUUAUUAAUUCCAAAACAUUUUUUAGGAACAGAAACUUGUCUAUUCUUAUCAGCAAGUCACUGCCAUGAUUAUACCAAAAAUAAUAAAUGUGUACUUACAGUCCGAAAAUGAAAGCUUUUUUAUCAGGCUUUUGUUUCGGUAAGGUGUGAGAAUAAAAGUGCUUGAUUAGAAAAUUCGAGAAGAAAAGAGGAGAGUUAUCAAAGAUGCCAAACAAAAGCGAUGAGAAUGUCAGAGAACAUAUACAAAAAUGAUUGAAGACAAGAAAUGGAAGUAUCAAUGCAGAAAAAAGAAUGACUGGUAAUUUCCAAAUUUUGGCAGUUAUAUUGAUGGGUGCAAGUCGCAAAAUGAUGGAUAUGUAGUUAUUUUGGUCAAUCAUUCUACAACUGUGACAUCAUUUAUGGACGGCCCCUUAGAUACGUUUUAGUACAUAGGCACUAAAAUAAUGUUAAUUUUUUAGAGUGAAUGGCAUUGGCGUUAUUGUAAAUCUGACCGCGUCUCCACAACAAAGACAAAGAUCCCCCCCCCACCGUGUAGCCUUCACAGAGUGUUGUGGCAAGUGCUGUUAGUGAGCAGCACCUAUUAAGGCCGGCAUGGCACAACGACGGGGGUGGGUGUGCUAGCACACACCGUACCAGGUACUCGUUGGAGGCUGAGUCGACCUAGGGGAGAGGCCCACGAUAAUCGUCACCGGUGUUGGUGGCCGUGAGCGGAAAUCGGACUCGGGUCGCCAGGUUCGUAGCGCAGCGCGCUAACCACUACACCACUACUCCCCGCACACAAAACCCCUAUGUCGUGUACAUUGUGUCAAAAAACCAUCAGCGGGACCUCAAGAACUGCUUCAUAAGUCCUCUUGUCUUAGGUCAGCACCCAAAAUAAAUAUGAGCCAAUGUGACCGAUGGACAGGCAGCAGCAGUCUCUUCUUCUGGUCAUGUGUGGCUGCCGAUGUAGAUGCAAAGCAACGACUACAAUUUCACAUUCAAGGUUGUCAAGCCAGCGGACAACCGCGUAAGGAGCAGUGGAGGGUAUCGUGAUGUCUCCUUCGUAUGUGUGUGCAUCGAACAUUGCAUUGUUAUAUGCUCUAUGGUGUGUUCUGGAUGACCACAGUCGCACACGAUUGGCGAGUUUUUUUAUUUUCCAUUUGUGCAUCAGGCGUCCGCAUCCGCCAUGGUUUGUGCAGUGGAUGCGGUUUAUGGUGGACCAUGAGCUUCGUGGAAGAUUAAACCCAGGGAUCUGCAUUGAGUCAUUCACAAGAUGUUGAGUUCUUUUGAACUCCAUUCAACUUCCCAAGCUUCAUCGGGUUUGAAUUGGCAUUGUUUAAGGCUAAGCGCAUGGGUCCAAAAGAGCUUGCCUGACUUCAAAUGAUGACAAGGGACGUUGUUGAGGUCCUAAUGAAUGGGCGACUGUUUUCCUCGAUUUGCAGGCCUUCCCAGAGGUUUGCAGUGUUGCGGCGGAUGGGUGGGGGAGAGAUGUGUAACAGCACGGGGAGCCAAGGGUGUUGGUGUUGACUUGAGGGUUCCAGUGAUCCACUGCAUUGCAGUGUUCAGUUGGACAUGAACAAGUCGAGUGGUGACUACUUCUGGUCCAUACUGGUAAACAGUAUUCGGCUACAGAGCACACAAGGGCCAUCGCUGAUUGCCCGCAGCACUGGUGCUGAUGCUGCCCAGCGUGUGCUUGGCAGUUUCUGGACCAGGUUGACCCUUGUUUUGGUCUUGGAGGCUACCUUUUUGAGGUUGUCAUGGAAUGUUAGAGUAUGGUCCAGCUUCACUCUAGUGGCCCUCUGGUGGGGAUCAUGAAAUAUUAAUAUGGCUUCGGGAGGUCUUUAUCCAGCAGUGGAAUGACCAUGGAGGGUGAUAUUGCUGACGCAUGGAAACAAGUCAUACGGGUAUUAGACUUGCAGCCACGAGGAGCGGAAAUCAUUCAAGGCAAUAUUUAACAAAUAAUUGAACCUUGGAUUGUCAACCCCAAAUUACUAUUGUGAAUGGAAUAUCCAGGGUGGUGGAUUGUUAGCCCCAAUAGCUUGAGUGGGGCCAACAUUGAGCAUCAGAGCACUUGGUGUCAAUUCAGCAUCGUAGUGAUGGGCCACUCGAUGACUCAGAAACCAGGGGUGAGGCGAAGUGGCCCCAAGGUAGGAAGUACAAACUCAAGUGCUGUUUUCUAUUACCAGUAUUGAAACCAGGGCCUUGACGCACCCCUACUGGACAUGUGAAAAAGAGCUUCGUAUCAUCAGAUUCCUCCAAUCUAAAAAAAUAAUUAAAAUUUAUAAUGCGCAUUCCAUUCUAGGAUCCCAAUGCGCAAUGCACUACAAGCAGUAAACAAAAGCUCGAGUGAGGAGGAGGAUGUGAGCUCUGAGCCAAGCCUGGGUUGACGGACCUGGCUGGGAAUUAAACAGAUCAUUCGCAGGAGUGACCACGUGUGAAGCUGGAGAAUCAUAUAUGUACAUGUGAAUAUUGCAUUGUUCAACAGAAGCAACAAGACAUUGUAAAUACAUUGCAAAUAAAAUUAGUUUUUUUUAUGUUACAUGUA